ACAUAGUUGAGCACGAAUGGAGCUCUUUCCCCAGGCGGUUUCUUCACACUUUGUAGCACUGACUACGACUUCCACGUGCGCAGUCGACACGGACUGGCAUUCUGUCUGCGACCAUGAAGCUCUUCUGGGUGCUUUUCGUGCACCUUUCCGCUCUGGUCGCCAGUCAGCAGGAUGCCACCAAGGAGGAACAGCUUGCCCGGGCGCUGCAGCUGCUGCAGACGAUGCCACAAUGUGCGCGUGUUUGCUUGGCACAGGCUGUUGCUGCCUCUGGUGUCUCGCUCGGUAACCUCGAUCUGACUGCCAGUUGCACCAAUGCGACGAAUACUGCCAUCGUCGAGGGAUGUGUUCGAGAGACGUGCCUGCCGCGCGAGCAACUUACUGCGAAGAAUGUUACCGAGACGCUCUGCCAAAGGCCCGUUCGUGAGGUGUCUGAUAUCCCUAUCGGGACCUACAUUGGAGCUGCGCUUGCCACAACAGCCUUCUUCAUGCGCAUGCUCUCGAAGGUGACCUUUCCUUGCGAAAGAGGCGCUCGCAUCGACAAUGAUCUUUGGUGGGACGAUGCUGUGAUAACGUUCGCCUGGAUCCUGAUGAUUCCCAUCUCAGUACUGUCUGGCUAUCUGGCCAAACUCGGUAUGGGUCGAGAUGUAUGGACCAUCCAUCCUGACAAUAUCACGCAGCUCCUCAAGGUUUACUAUUUCGACGAGAUGAUGUACGUGGUGGCGUUGCCAGUCAUCAAGAUUUCAAUGCUGCUCACGUAUUUGCGCAUCUUCCAGUCGAAGCGAUUCCGCUGGUUGGUGUUUGGAGCGCUGGGACUCAACAUUGCUUACCUUAUUACCUUUCUGUUGAUCACCAUGAUCCAAUGCAGACCUUUGAGUUUGGCAUGGCUCCGAUGGACGAAAGAGUACCCGGGAACGUGUAACAACAUCAACGCCCAGUCGUGGGCGGCGGCAGCACUGAAUAUUGUGCUCGAUGUCAUCGUUGUCGGGCUUCCUAUUCCCAUGCUGUGGAGGAUGGACCUCAACAUUCGCAAGAAGUUGCUAGUGAUGCUCAUGUUUGGCGUCGGAUUCUUCGUCACCAUUGUCAGUAUCUUGCGGCUUCGAUUGCUGGUUAGGUUUGGCGACUCAGAGAACCUUACACAUGACUACAAACAAGCCGGGUUCUGGACGAUCGUGGAAUUGCAUACGGCCAUCGUUUGUGCUUGUAUGCCUGGCAUCCGAAACCUCCUGCGUCGCGCCUGGCCGAAACUCAUGGGCCAAACUGUGGCAUCGACAGGUGCAAGUACGGCUCCAUCGACUGGGCUCUCUGGCCGCACUGCAGUCAGCAGCGGGGUUGACAAAUCAGGUACUCAGGUCUUUACCCGCCCACGACACAGCGAUGAUGGAGACUUUAUUCCGCUGGAAGAAAGGCACAGCCAGAGGGACUUGAAAGCAGUGUCGCCGGCUUGAGAAGCUCGAGGAGUGGGACAAUUGAGGCAAUUGAAGGGGAGGAACAAGUCGUGACGGAACUCGAAGAUGAAGCAAGAUGGUGAGACACGCUGUGUGCCCGCUUGGCCACAAAGAAUGGCAUCGACAUCUCAGCGCACGGCGAGGCCAGACCUUUACUGGAUCCACCGAUGUAAAUCGAUCUCUGUUCGACCUUGGAAAAGGAUGUGAGGAGUCUGCAAUCGGGAAAGACAGGCGUGGUGGGAGUGCAACGAUGAGACGGCCGCGAUUGCAAUUGGCGACACCAGGCGGAUUGGCUGUAGGAUGAACAGGACUUCCAGCCGGGCGGGACGGCGGCGAAGAGCUCCCACCAUGUGCGGCUGCUGCGAUGCGUGUGAGUUCCUCGAGCAGUAUGUGAGCACAGCAGUAGCCGCAACUCUCUCCAGGAGUCAACACCGCUGCGAAAACUUUGUCCCGGUGGAAGGGCAUUUGUAUCUUGAUAAUUAGCUUCUAAUGAGCGACAAGUAUGUAUGCAGACAAUGCUGCUAACAUGCCAUUCGAAAAAUUGUGUUCCACGGC